AUGGCUGAAUUGCGCCUGGACCCCUUGUUAGAACACGCGUAUUACACUCGCCCGAUUGCUGCAGAUCUUUAUCUCUCCUGGCCGGACUAUAUGGGCAGUACAUCUAGUGGCGACCUUAACUAUAAUGGACAUUGUUUCUGCGGUUAUAGGCAAAACAAUAUCUCCUGCUUACGAGUCGGCACUGCUUGCUCGUCUCGCUGCUGCAUCGCUUCUAUGUGCGGUACUUUCACGCGAGCAAGUAAAGGCCCACGAAAACUCGGGAUUUGA